AUGGCGCACCUCAGUCUUGAGCUCCAGGAGAAGCUGGACGAACUGCAGCAGGAGUUAGAGGAAGGCGAUAUCACUGCGAAAGGAUAUCAGAAGCGCAGGACACAGCUGCUCUCGCAAUACUUUCCCCAGCCCGCAGCCGCGACGACAGAUGCGACCGGCGGCCUAAGAAUACAUUCGCCAGACAGCCCAGUAUAUGCCUCUAGUGAUGGCCAUCGAGGCGCCGCUCUGGCCGCCCUGAGCGCCAGUAACCCCGAUAUCGUUGCUGCCGACUCCCCGCCGAAUAAUGCCUCUCCUGCGGAUUGGCGACCCCAGCCCUCUGCAAGUCAUGCGUCAUCCGGCUUUGAAGACAAUCCUGCCACUCUUUUGAUGCCAGGCGGUGCUCUCGCUGAACAUCGGCCGACCAUGAGCCAUCAUGACUCACUCUUCUUGAACCCAGCCCCGAGCUAUACCAUGGGAUCCGAUACUCCCACAAGGUCGGGAACAAUGGUCUCCGGAGACUAUGCUUUCAAGCCGGAGCACCAGGGCACCUACGGCCAACAACCACCGGCUGCUUAUGACAGUCGGACGGGCACUAUGUUGGACUCGCAGGGGUAUUUCUCCGACUUUGCUGGGCAGCAAGCUUAUGACCAUCCACCCGGCGGUGAUUAUAAUGGUGGGAUGCAGAGAUACUCGUCUAGUGACGCCUUUUCUCCCACCGCCGCCAUGGCUCCGCCAAUGCUCACUGCUAGCGACCUCCCGCCGCCCGAAAUAUUGCAAUACCAGAUGCCACUAGAGCCUAGAGAAGUACCGUUCGCUAUACAAGAUCCACAUGACCAGAAUACGGCCAUGUCAACCUUCGACAAUAUAGCGGCAGUUCUGCGACAUCGUGGCAGGACAAUUGCGAAAAUGCCUGCAUAUUGGGUGCUAGACGCAAAAGGCAAAGAGACGGCCUCCAUCACAUGGGAUAAGUUGGCGUCACGUGCUGAAAAGGUUGCUCAGGUCAUCAGAGACAAAAGCUCCUUGUAUAGGGGAGAUCGUGUUGCAUUGAUAUAUCGAGACUCCGAGAUCAUCGAUUUUGCCAUUGCGCUAUUAGGUUGUUUCAUUGCUGGUGUCGUUGCGGUUCCGAUCAAUGAUCUUCAAGACUACCAGAAGUUGAACCUGAUAUUGACAUCGACCCAGGCACAUCUAGCGCUGACUACAGACAACAAUCUGAAGAGCUUUCAACGUGAUAUCACCACCCAGAAGCUCACUUGGCCCAAGGGGGUCGAGUGGUGGAAAACGAAUGAGUUCGGUGGCUACCAUCCCAAGAAAAAGGACGAUGUUCCGCCAUUAUCCGUGCCGGACCUCGCGUACAUCGAGUUUUCUCGAGCACCAACCGGCGAUCUCCGAGGAGUGGUGCUAAGUCAUCGAACUAUUAUGCACCAAAUGGCGUGUAUGAGCGCCGUGGUUUCAGCAGUGCCCAACCAUGGUCCUGGUGACACGUUUAAUCGAGCUCUUAGGGACAAGAACGGUCGCCUAAUAGGAGGUGGUGCAAGCAGCGAGAUUCUACUUUCAUACCUUGACCCACGACAAGGCAUCGGCAUGAUCCUCGGUGUGUUACUCAAUGUUUAUAGUGGCCACACGACUGUCUGGGCGGAAAGCAAGGCUGUCAGCGUUCCUGGACUAUACGCCCAUUUGAUCACAAAGUACAAAGCCACGGUCAUGAUAGCCGACUACCCAGGUCUGAGGACGGCUGCUUUCAACUAUCAACAAGACCCGAUGACGACGCGCAAUUUCAAGAAGGGCACCGAACCUAAUUUCCAAACAGUCAAGCUUUGUCUCAUAGACACUCUCACUGUAGACGGCGAAUUUCACGAGGUAUUGGCUGAUCGUUGGCUGCGACCACUCAGGAACUCGCGAGCUCGAGAAGUAGUUGCACCUAUGCUAUGCCUCCCAGAACAUGGAGGCAUGGUUAUCAGUGUUCGCGAUUGGUUAGGUGGGGAAGAGCGCAUGGGAUGUCCCCUCAAGCUGGAUUUGGGCGAAGAAUCAGAAGACGAUGCAGAAAAAGAAGAUCCCGAAAAAGAAGAGGAGAAGCCAGCCCCUUCCAACGGGUUUGGUAGCUUGCUUGGCGGAGGCACCACUACAGCAAAAGAACAAGAGGUUAAGAACGAACUGAGUGAGGUGCUACUCGACAGAGAAGCUCUCAAGACCAACGAAGUUGUUGUCGUAGCUAUCGGGGAAGAUGCUCGGAAGAAGGCCUCCAACGAGCCUAGCACUGUCCGACUUGGUGCAUUCGGCUAUCCGAUACCUGACGCUACAUUGGCUGUGGUGGAUCCAGAAACAGGCUUGCUCACUUCACCUCAUGCUAUAGGGGAGAUUUGGGUUGAUUCUCCUUCACUGUCUGGUGGGUUCUGGGCUUUGCCAAAGCACACAGAGCAAAUCUUCCAUGCUCGGCCAUACAAGUUUGAGCCGGGCAACCCUACGCCUACCCCUGUUGAGCCAGAAUUCCUACGGACUGGACUUCUAGGAACCCUUAUCGAGGGUAAAGUCUUUGUACUUGGUUUAUACGAAGAUCGCAUCCGACAAAAAGUUGAGUGGGUGGAGCACGGCCACGAAAUCGCCGAGCAUCGCUACUUUUUUGUGCAACAUCUGGUAGUAAGCAUUUUGAAAAAUCUCGCCAAGCAAGUCUAUGACUGUUCGGCCUUUGAUGUCUUCGUUAAUGAUGAGCAUCUACCGAUUGUGGUCCUCGAGUCAGCAGCUGCUUCUACCGCACCAACAACGUCUGGUGGCCCGCCUAGGCAGCUUGACACCGCGUUGUUAGAUUCUCUUUCUGAGAGGUGUAUGGAAGUUCUGGUGCAAGAGCACCACUUGCGGGUGUAUUGCGUGAUGAUCACCGCUCCGAAUACACUGCCACGAGUGGUGAAGAAUGGCAGGAAAGAAAUCGGAAACAUGCUCUGUCGGCGAGAGUUUGACCUGGGCAAUUUGCCAUGUGUCCAUGUCAAAUUUGGAGUCGAACAUGCUGUGUUAAACUUGCCUAUUGGUGUAGAUCCACUAGGCGGCAUAUGGUCAGACAUUGCAUCAGAUUCUCGAGUCGAGAUACUUGGGCCCGCGGACAAGCAGUAUUCUGGCAUCGAUAGACGAGAGGUGGUCAUUGAUGAUCGAACUUCAACCCCCCUCAACAAUUUCUCCUCCAUUACCGAUCUCAUCCAGUGGCGAGUUGCCCGACAACCUGAGGAGCUUGCAUAUUGCACCAUUGACGGUAGAGGCAAAGAAGGCAAAGGUGUCACUUGGAAAAAGUUUGACACUAAAGUGGCGGCCGUGGCCAUGUAUCUACGUAACAAGGCUCGGAUACGCCCACGAGAUCACGUCAUUCUCAUGUAUACACACUCAGAGGACUUUGUUUUUGCUGUUCAUGCUUGCCUCAAUCUCGGCGCUGUGGUCAUUCCUGCGGCACCAAUGGACGAGCGUCGUCUUAACGAGGAUGUGCCGGCGUUCUUGCACCUCAUCGCUGAUUUCCAAGUCAAGACCGUGCUUGUAAACGCAGAAGUGGAUCAUCUUUUGAAGAUGAAGUCGGUGGCUCAGCACGUCAAGCAGUCAGCACAGGUGCUUAAGAUCGGCAUACCGAAUGUUUAUAAUACCUCAAAACCGCCAAAACAAAACAGUGGUCUUCGCGACCUUGGCCUCACUAUGGAUCCUGCGUGGGUUCAACGCGGUUAUCCAGCUGUCGUUUGGACAUACUGGACGCCGGACCAACGCAGGAUCGCGGUGCAACUUGGCCACGACACCAUCUUGGGCAUGUGCAAAGUUCAAAAAGAAACCUGCCAGAUGACAAGCUCCAGGCCAGUACUGGGAUGUGUUCGAAGUACGACUGGUCUGGGAUUCAUCCACUCGUGUUUGAUGGGUGUCUACAUCGGAACACCGACUUACCUGCUCUCCCCCGUGGAGUUCGCCCAGAACCCGAUGUCUCUCUUCUUGACACUUAGCAGGUACAAGAUCAAAGACACGUACGCCACGCCUCAGAUGUUGGAUCAUGCUAUGAAUUCCAUGCCGGGCAAGGGCUUCACGAUGCACGAGUUGAAGAAUAUGAUGAUCACAGCUGAAGGCAGGCCACGGGUUGACGUGUUUCAAAGAGUCCGUCUCCAUUUCGCGGCUACGGGGCUUGAUAGAACGGCCAUCAACACUGUCUAUUCUCACGUGCUAAAUCCCAUGGUUGCUUCAAGAUCAUACAUGUGUAUUGAGCCUAUCGAAUUAUGGCUCGAUCAACGGGCUCUGAGGAGAGGACUCAUCAUACCAGUAGACCCUGAAACAGAUCCAAAGGCGCUGCUCAUACAAGAUUCUGGUAUGGUACCAGUAUCGACUCAGAUCGCUAUCGUAAAUCCCGAAAGCCGACUACUCUGCCACGAUGGAGAAUAUGGUGAGAUUUGGGUAGACUCGGAAGCAUGUGUCAAGUCCUUCUACGGUUCGAGGGACGCAUUUGAUACCGAACGCUUCGAUGGCCGAACCGUCGAUGGAGACCCCAACAUAAGUUACGUCCGUACAGGCGAUCUUGGUUUCUUACAUAGCGUCAGCAGACCCAUUGGCCCAGGGGGUGCUCAGGUUGACAUGCAGGUUCUCUUUGUCCUCGGUAAUAUCGGCGAGACUUUCGAGAUUAAUGGGUUGAGUCACUUCCCAAUGGAUAUCGAAGCCUCAGUCGAAGCUUGCCAUAGAAACAUCGUUCCCGGUGGUUGUGCUGUAUUCCAAGCUGGUGGCUUGAUUGCCGUGAUUGUGGAGGUAUCACGGAAGUCUUACCUUGCUUCAAUUGUACCGGUUAUCGUGAACGCGAUUCUAAAUGAGCACCAAACUAUCAUUGACGUCGUUGCAUUCGUCAGUAAAGGCGAUUUCCCCCGCAGCCGUCUUGGCGAGAAGCAACGCGGCAAAAUUUUGGCGGGCUGGGUCACCCGUAAGCUACGCACCUUGGCUCAGUUCAACAUUCGUGACAUGCACAUGGAGGGUGGUGACGGCCCUCUUGAUGCUCACCGCGCAAGUAUCGCUAGCUACAGGAGCAGCGGCAUACCUGGUGCUAGCUCCCUACGAAACAUGGAGCACGCGCCCCAAAUCCUUGAGCAAGAAGAACUCGACAGCCAGAUGAACAAGCUUGCCGAGCUACCAGCAGGUGGUGACAUUUCUGCUAGGAGGGAGAAGCGUGCAACUGCACAGCCGCCUCGAAUCGAUACAGCGGCGGCUACUGGCCAUGGCUUCCAAUUGUCGAGCUACGGAGACUUCGACUCGACAAGGCCAACGUCAACCGUUAGUGGCACACCACAGAUUCGCCUUCCCAGUGUUGACGGACGUGAGCCCGAGAUGACCAGCCCCGAUGUUGGCAACGCCGGUGUAGAUGAUGAUGAUUGGACUAGAGAUGCAAUGAUGCACAUGAACCUGGCGACUCAAAUGGGAAAGCAGGGUUGA